AAAACAAACUCAAACGUACGUACGAAUGGUUCACAGAGGGGUUUAAAAUGUCCUUUUUAGGGUUUCAAGAUCCUUUCUAGCGCUAGGGUUUAGCGGGUUUUGUAAAGUACUAGGGUUUCCCGGGCUAUUUAAUACUAUUAGGGGUCCUGACUCUGUUUUCUCUGGAAGUAGAGUUUGUGGCUUCUUUUUCUGCAAAAUCAUGGCGGAAAGAGGUGGAUUUGGACGUGGAUUUGGGCGCGGUGAAAGGGGCCGCGGCGAAAGGGGACGCGGCGACAGAGGGCGAGGUGAUCGUCGUGGUGGCCGUAGGCCCCGACGAGACGAGGAAGAAAAAUGGGUGCCCGUCACCAAGCUAGGCCGCCUCGUAAAGGAGGGAAAAAUUCGGUCUCUUGAACAGAUCUACCUUUUUUCGCUCCCAGUGAAGGAACAUCAGAUCGUGGAAGCAAUGCUCGGUCCCCAGCUGAAGGACGAGGUCAUGAAAAUCACACCCGUUCAAAAGCAAACGAGGGCAGGGCAGAGAACGCGAUUCAAGGCCUUCGUUGUUGUCGGUGACUGCAAUGGCCAUGUCGGACUGGGCGUCAAAUGUAGCAAGGAGGUCGCUACGGCGAUUCGCGGUGCUUUGAUUUUGGCCAAAUUGUCUGUUAUUCCCGUAAGGAGGGGUUAUUGGGGAAACAAGAUAGGGAAGCCACAUACCGUGCCCAUUAAGGUGACGGGUAAAUGUGGGUCUGUUACGGUGAGAAUGGUGCCGGCUCCGCGAGGUGCUGGUAUUGUGGCUGCGCGCGUGCCUAAGAAGGUUCUGCAGUUUGCUGGUAUUGAGGACGUCUUUACGUCUUCUCGCGGUUCGACUAAAACGCUGGGGAACUUUGUCAAGGCAACAUUUGACUGUUUGUUAAAGACAUACGGAUUUUUAACACCUGAUCUGUGGAGGGAGACUCGCUUCUCAAAAUCUCCAUUCCAGGAGUAUACAGAUUUGUUAGCCAAGCCUGCUAAAGCCCUCAUUCUUGAAGAUGUUGAUAAAGACACUUUGAUUUAGGAUGUUUCUUUUGUCAUUAAGAGGGUAAAUGCCCUUAAAUGUACAACGGUGUUAUAUUUGAGUGGAUGCUAUUGUUAGUUUUCGACCAAAAGUCCCAAUUUUACUCAUUUCUUUGAGAUCUAGUCAGUAUCUGAGACGAUAGAUUUAGGUGUUUUGGAAAACAGUUUUGAAAUCAUAAUUACUACUAUGUUAAUUGGAACUUUGCCUUAAGUUAUCUAUUUCAGGAGCCAUUCAUCUA